AAAACCACAAAAUUUUAAUUGUUACACACACACCCACACAUAUACAUAUACAUAUAAUAAAGAAACAUCAGUAUCUGUUUCUAACUAUCAUUAUAAUAAAAAAAGAAGAAAAAAAGGAUGAGAUCGAUAAUUGAAAUGAAAACUAAUGAUAAUAAUAAUAAUUAUAAUUCAGAAGCUGCUUCAAAUUCAUUAUCAGCUUCAGUGAAUUAUGCUCUCAUUUCUGCAUUUGUUGCUUUUGCUGUUGCUCAGUCUAUUAAAGUCUUCACCACCUGGUACAGGGAACACCGUUGGGAUCUUAAGCAACUAGUUGGAUCGGGCGGCAUGCCUUCAUCACAUUCUGCAACAGUCACUGCUCUUGCCGUUGCUGUUGGUUUGCAAGAUGGCAUUGGCAGUUCAAACUUUGCAACUGCACUCAUAUUAGCUUGUAUUGUGAUGUAUGAUGCAACUGGUGUGCGAUUGCAUGCUGGGCGCCAAGCAGAGGUUUUGAAUCAAAUCGUAUAUGAACUUCCUGCUGAACAUCCGUUGGCCGAGAGCAUACCAUUACGUGAACUUCUAGGCCACACUCCUCCUCAGGUUAUCAUGGGUGGACUACUUGGAAUGAUGACAGCACUGAUCAUUUACGUAAUAUCGCUUCCUGGUACUAAUGCUUGAUCUCUGUUAAUACAUGCAACAGGAAUCAAAGACUCGAAAGUCAAAUCUGAAUUUGAAGAUGAUGGUGGCGUUUGAUUAUCUGGUACCCUAUUCCUAGUUAUAUGUAAUACAUUCUUUUAUUGUAGAUCUGUUCUCCGUGUCCAUUGAAUUUGUUUGUUGACAAUGUAUGAUGUAGUGAAAAGCUAUUAUGUUGUUGGAUUUUAAAGUAAUUACUAGUUGUCAAUGCUUUGUGUGUUUAUCUUGUUUGCUAUACAAGAUACUGCUGGCAUUUAGUUCUAUGUACAUGAUACCUUGUAAGUAUAAUGUUUGAUAAAUUCUUAGUUUUAGUUUGUGGGUUUGUUUUUGUUGGGUCAGAAUAAACAACGUAUCCGGUUCUGUUAAUGAAGAUGUGUAUACUAGCCUUGUAUGUUAGAAUCAUAAAUUGGUACAUUAAUAUUUUUUUGA